GGGCCAUUUGUGCCGGCAGCAGAGGGGGGGAGCGAUGGAGCGGGUUCCGCGCAGCCAGGCCUCUGGCGGGGCGGCCGUGUAGCGAGAUGGGUCGGGGAGGCCUCGGUUGCAGCUCUGGGGUGGCGGCCGAGCAGAGCCGAGGCGACUGCGGGCCUGCGGCCGUGCCCGGCCGGCGGGGGGUGGUAAGGUGGUUGGUUGGGGCCAGCGGCGGCCGAGACGCGGCGGGGUCAGUUUUCUGGAGUGUUUGCCGAUGUGGGAGGCGGCACCAAAGAGUCUCGGGGAUCCAGUAAAAAGAUAAUAAUGGCACAAGUCAAAGUGCAGACCACAACGAGCAACUCUGGGCCUACUCUAAUCCCAGCAACACUAGCCCCAUCUGUAACGGCAACAAGUUCAGUAGGUCUUCAGCCCUCCUUGAAUGGAUCUGUUCCCAAGUUAGCCGUUGACUGUAAUAAUUCUGUAACCGGUCUAGUGGAUUGUAACAACUUACAGGUUCCUUUCCAAGAUAACAUGGCAAACCCCAAAGAGAAAACUCCAAUGUGUCUGGUAAAUGAAUUAGCACGUUUCAAUAGAAUUCAACCUCUGUAUAAGCUUCUGAAUGAACGAGGACCUGCUCAUGCAAAGAUGUUCACAGUGCAAUUGACUCUUGGAGAGCAGACAUGGGAAGCUGAAGGAAGCAGUAUUAAAAAGGCUCAUCAUUCUGCUGCUAGCAAAGCUCUGAGUGAAACUGCUCUGCCCAAGCCAGCACCUAGACCACCCAAAAAUAAUGCCAAUAACAAUCCAGGUAGUAUUACCCCCACGGUGGAGCUGAAUGGUCUUGCCAUGAAAAGGGGAGAGCCUGCCAUCUAUAGACCACUAGAUCAAAAGCCAGCCCCCAACUACAGAGCAAAUUAUAACUUUCGAGGCAUGUACAAUCAGAGAUAUCACUGCCCAGUGCCUAAGAUUUUCUUUGUCCAGUUGACUGUGGGUGACCGCGAGUUUUUGGGUGAAGGGAAGACUCGCCAAGCUGCUAGACACAAUGCUGCAAUGAAAGCACUUCAAGCUCUUCAGAAUGAGCCAAUUCCCAAAAAGUUAUCUCAGAAUGGAGAAACAGGAAAAGAACUGGAAGAAGAAAAAGAUGCGAACAAGUCGGAAAUCAGCGUAGUGUUUGAAAUUGCACUAAAGCGCAACAUGCCUGUCAGUUUUGAAGUAAUAAAGGAAAGUGGGCCACCACAUAUGAAGAGCUUUGUUACUCGAGUAUCAGUGGGAGAGUCUUCAGCAGAAGGUGAAGGAAACAGCAAGAAAUUAUCAAAGAAACGGGCUGCAAUAGCUGUCCUGCAAGAACUUCGGAAACUUUCUCCUCUUCCGGUGGUCGAAAAGCCAAAACUUCACUUUAAAAAACGCCCCAGAACUAUAUUAAAGACUGGACCAGAAUAUGGUCAAGGAAUGAACCCUAUUAGUCGGCUGGCUCAGAUUCAGCAAGCCAAAAAGGAGAAGGAGCCAGAAUAUCUUCUUCUUUCAGAAAGAGGGAUACCUCGUCACCGGGAGUUUGUUAUGCAGGUCAACGUGGGCAAUGACAUUACCACUGGAACAGGCCCCAACAAGAAAAUAGCAAAAAGAAAUGCUGCGGAAGCCAUGUUACUACAGCUUGGCUACAAGGCUUCUUUGCCACUUCAGGAACAAGCAGAAAAGCCAGGAGAGAUUAAGGGAUGGAACGGACAAAAUGUUGGAUACCCUGAACCAGCAAGUAACACGCCAAAGGGAAUUCUCCAUCUCUCUCCUGAUGUUUAUCAAGAGAUGGAAGCCAGCCGCAACAAAGCAUCCCCUGGUACCACUGUAAACUAUAUAUCAUCCAAGGAAAUGAGCCAAACUUCUAGUUGUUUCUUCAGCAUAUCUCCUGCCACUAAUAGUACAGCUACAAUUGCCAGGGAACUACUCAUGAAUGGAACGUCCCCAACUGCUGAAGCAAUAGGUCUAAAAGGAAUGUCACUUAUUUCCCCUUGUUCUACAGUGCAACCUUCAAAACAGUUGGAAUAUUUGGCAAGAAUCCAAGGCUUUCAGAGGCUCAAAACCCCCAGCAAAGAAGAGCCGGAAGAAGUCAAAACUGAAGCAGGCUCAUAAUAAGGUGUCAUCCACUAAGAAAUGGAGAAGUUCAUCGCCCCCAGAGAGACCAGUCGCAGAAUCUCCAUGGUGGUGUCCAUGUGAAAGCUUUACCUAUAUCGUCUCCCAAUCAGCAACUAGUGUUUUUUCAGCCUGGCAUUCAAGCUGCUCCUUAUUACAACACUGGGAGGGCAUAUCUAGAUCGUCUUGACCUCCUAUUCCAGAACGUCGGCCUCAACUAUAUUAACCUCAGCGCCAAUCUUAAUUGCCGGAUCUGAUCAGGCAUUCUCUGACUCCAGUGUUUUCAAUUGGUGAGGCACAGUCUGUCACCUUCGCUGAUGAUGUUGUCAAUGUGCUUCCCUUGGCAUCAUAUGACUCUCAGCAUCAGCAGUUAGAGGAGUGAUCUACUGAUCAUGGCCAGGCUACCAACAUUACCAUCCAUCUCCUUCCAAACAGGAGAGGGCUUUGACAGCAUCAUCCAAGUUGAAGAGUUCCCAACCAGCUCCAAAGGCCAUUCGAGGUUAACAUCAUCAGCCAUUGUUUGAUCUUUCCAUGUCAGAAACUGACCAUCUUCAUUCUGAGGAGGAAUAACUCAUUACCCUCUCCUGAAGAGCCAGUGGACAAUUCAUUGCCCAUUUCUCCAAUCAGCUGAUCUCAAGCGCUUCAAUAAUUAAUGAGAAUUGCAAAUGGCUUGAAUUUGGACUAUGAAUAUCUGAUCCUUCUGAUGCUGACCCAGUGAUGGAUAUUUUAUAUUCUAGGGUCAAUAUGCCUGUAUCCCUCCCUGUUGUUAAACAUUUUCUAAAGAUGGCUCAUGGCAGCUCCUUCUUAUUCUUCAACAAAGAAGUUGCAGAACUUGUGUAGACUAAAGCCUGAUGAUUGCCCUUUUCUAUUUCACCACCCUCAGGCAGACUCUAUUAUCAUGGACUCUCUCUGUCCCGAUAUUGGAGAAGCACUCAUUCCUCUACUGUUAACAGAGAAGGUCAUAAAUUGGGCACUUUAGGAAGAAAAACGUAUUCUUUGUCUUCUCUUGGUUUUCAUAUUGCCAAUUUCCUGGGAAUCAUGAGUAGAUAUCAGGCCUUUCCAUGGGACAAGAUUUCUCAGUAGGUGGACCUUCUUUCCUGAUGACCAAAAGAAACUGGCCACUGUUAUCCACAUGGAGGGAUUUAGAUUAGGAAAGCUCAGUCUCUCAAAUCAUGUAGCUAACACGUGUACCAGAACCAUGGGCUCUUCUAUAGUGUUAUGUGGGCACUCGUGGUUUCAUGCCUCCACUGUGCCUAUGACACAUGAGCGAGGGUGGAGGACCUGUCCUUUGAGGGCAACAUGUUAUUCAGUGAACAGACUAACACAGUUCUUAUUCAUUUAAGGAAGAACAUGUAUACAGGUCAGUUCCUGGGUAUAACCCCAUAGGCGCUACAACCUUUUAAACAAAGGUAUUUUCAAAAACAGGAAUUCCACCUCCAGAUAUAUUAUAGAUAGCAGAUCACCUCUUAUACCAGUUAGUUACAAUAUAGACAGCCUUAUCAACAGUCCUCCAAACAGCCUAGGAAGUUUUCCAAGCCUCAAAAAGGAAAGAGGAGUUUCCACCUAUUUUCCCCACUGGCUUCUGAACCCAGGUUCCUGGGAGAGGUGACACAGCUCUGUAGUGGCAAGAGCUGUGGUCCUGGGGAAAGGAGAAUCAAUAAGGUGGUGCAAUCCCCUUCUCAUUCUGAGGCCUGGGAAGACCUAGCAAAAUGGUAGAGGUCAAACUACUGGAGUUGGAGACAGGAACCUGACACCGUUUGCUGAAGGAAGAGUUUUCACGCAUACAAGGGCUUAAAUCAAUAUACAGUCACAGAUCAUCUUGAUAAUAGGAAGACAAAAAUGGAAAUGUUGCCCCAAUCUAGCCAACUUGCCAGGAAGAACUGUAUAUGCUGAGUGUCUCCAUUAAACUGCAUGCAAGAGGUUCACACAAAUCCUGCUGAGGGCAAAUUCAGUCCUCAUAGUUUCCAUUUUUUUCUGUCUCUUUUCUUUUAAAUCUUGUCACAUAUGCUCAGGUUAAAAAAAAUCAGUGCUUUACUUUUAUGCAGCAAAAACAUAAUUCAUUAGUACUUUCCCCUUCAAGUUAGUUUCUUUCUUAGCUGUAGUAUACAAUUACUGUGUGCUGAUUGUUGCAGCAUUCUUCUGCUAAAUGUUCCCCCGGCAUUUCUCAGGUUGGCUUGAAAAAUAGAAUCGUUGUUCCCCUUAACCCAGGUUGUUGCUUAUUAUGCUUGAUUCUACAUGAACUUCAGUAGAUAUUUUCUCUAAUUUCCCCUCAUCCAAUUCGCCUCAAUGUAUCAAGAAACUGGUGUUUUUGGCUUUCUACCCACAGCCCUUUUGUUUAGGUCAGUUUAAUACCUUGGCUGCCUGGGUUUUUUGGAAUGAGUGUGAAGCUCUGUAUUGGAUCACUGAGCACCAGGCAGAGUGUUAAACAGAAUCUCUGUGGGAAAUGGCUUAGUGGGCUGUCAAGUGCCUAUCACAGGUCUCUUCACCAUUUCACCACAGAAAGCGCUUUCUGUUCAAGGUCUUAAAAGACUUUUUCUUUACAGGUUAGUUAUACCAUGUAGGUUUACUGGUUAUAAAAAUGUCACUUUUAACAUGCAAGCACUUCAGUGAAUUCCACUGAAUGGAUGUUUAAAAAGUGUUACGGAACAAUAAUUCCUAAUUGUUUCUUAUAAAUGUAUCUGUGUCUUUCAUUGGUGAUUGUUUGAUCUCCAGCAGUCUAUUUAAAAUUUUUAAAAAUACUAAAAGACUCCCAGGCUUUAUCUUUAUCUAUAAACUCAAAAUACCACUGACUGAUUCACUGACUGACUUGUCAACAGAACUCAAAAACCACCGAAG